AUGGCCACCGAUGAGCCAUUCUCGGGCCCAGUUUCGGAGAGCGUGCCUUCCAGCGUCACCGGUUUUGCAUAUCAACGGCCGAGGCAAAGGCAGGGUUCAAUAUCCAGCUUCACAUACUUUCAAGAGCAAGAAGAAACGCCGGAAUACUCUGACGAGGAGGCGGUGGUGGAUGUCAGCGACGAAGAAGAUGGGCAUAUACUCGGAGAAGACCGAGAUCUGGAGGCCGGAGACGAUUCGUCCCUUCGACGAAAGUCUUCUAGCAGAUACAGAACUUCGUCAGAUCGACCACUGCUUCGAAGGCAUGAGUCGGCACGGAGCGACACCCAGGAGCACGACCACGGAGGCAAUUUCAGUCAAAAACUGUAUAUCGAGACCGAGGACCUAACCAUGGUGAUCGCCGGAUUUUUUACAAGCCCUGUUGGCUAUUUGAUCUAUGUUGCAAUUUGUGUGUUGACGGCUGGUAUUGGAUAUCUUGUCUUCCGUUGGAUUCCCCGAUGGCGCAUAUCUCUUGUUGGCACUCCUGCAGCCCUCCAAAAAUGUUCUUGGGUCGUUGUCGAGAAUCAAUGGGGCGAAUUCACGGUUCACCAUGUGUCUGUGGAAGAGUAUGGUCAUCCAAUGUCAACUGUCUUCACCCGCUCUGGGAAGGAAAAGCUCAAUGGAUAUCGAUAUGACGAAGACCAAGAACUACCCUUUCUCCGUUAUUUAGACUACAGGUAUAUGAGGCUCCUGUACCAUCCAAUCGAGGAUAAAUUUGUUCUCAACAAUGAUUGGUGGGACCCACAAUGGACCGAGGUGAAAGCCCUCAGACGGGGGCUUGAUUCUGAAGAGAGGGAUCCAAGGGAUCAAGUCUUUGGCAAGAACAUGAUUGAGAUCCAGCAAAAGACAAUUCCGGAGCUUCUUCUCGACGAGGCAUUUCAUCCCUUCUACAUCUUUCAAAUUGCGAGUCUCAUUCUGUGGUCCAUGGACGAGUACUACUACUACGCUGCGGCCAUCUUUUUGAUAUCGGUGUUUUCCAUCACCACAACCGUUAUCGAAACUCGAUCAACAAUGCGGCGUUUAAGAGAAAUCUCCCGUUUUGAGUGCGAUGUUCGCGUUCUUCGCAACGGCUUUUGGCGUUCUGCGCUUUCUGGUGAUCUAGUCCCCGGCGAUGUCUAUGAAGUCUCCGACCCUUCUCUAUCACAACUCCCCUGUGACAGCCUUCUCUUGGCGGGUGACUGUAUCAUCAAUGAGAGCAUGCUCACCGGCGAGUCCAUUCCGGUCUCCAAAGUCCCGAUAACGGAUGAGGCGUUGCGCUAUGUUGACCUUGGGGCGACUUCGAUCCAUCCAAGCGUUGCCCGCCAUUUCCUUUUUUGCGGCACGAAGAUUAUUAGGGCCCGACGACCGCAAGACGUUGAUGAUGACGAGGCUGUUGCUCUCGCAAUGGUCGUCCGAACUGGGUUCAAUACAACAAAAGGUGCUCUCGUUCGAUCUAUGCUUUUCCCCAAACCCUCGGGCUUCAAAUUCUACCGAGACUCUUUCAGAUAUAUCUCUGUCAUGGGAGUCAUUGCUGCAGUGGGGUUUAUUGCUUCGUUCAUCAAUUUUGUCAAGCUGGGAUUGGCCUGGCAUCUGAUCAUUGUGAGGGCUCUGGAUCUGAUCACGAUCGUGGUUCCUCCCGCAUUACCAGCGACUCUUACCAUUGGAACAAACUUUGCCUUGUCUCGAUUGAGAAAACAGCAAAUUUUCUGCAUCAGCCCGCAGAGAGUAAACGUCGCCGGCAAGCUCGACGUCAUAUGCUUCGACAAAACGGGGACAUUGACCGAGGACGGUCUCGAUGUUCUUGGAGUCAGACUUGUUCAACAUCCUGAAAUUCGAUUUGGGGAUAUUCUUGAGGAAGCUCAUGAAUUGCUCCCUCCGUCGCCUUACGAUCGCGAUCCGACUGUUGAUUAUCGUGUCAAUAAAACCAUGCUCUACACAAUGGCAACCUGUCACUCACUUCGGUCCGUCGACGACGAGCUCAUUGGCGAUCCCCUUGAUCUGAAGAUGUUUCAGUAUACAGACUGGUCCUUUGAGGAAGGGUCUCGUCACACAAGCCAUUUUAUCGAGCACGGCACGAAUCAAACAGCACCGAGUGUGGCUCGGCCCCCUCCAGGGUUGGAGUACGAUCUGGAAGAUUCUCAAGGAAAUUCCAAUCCAAUCCGUGUCGAAAUGGGUGUGCUACGUUCUUUCGAAUUCGUUUCACAUUUGCGACGUGCCAGCGUCAUUGUUCGUCAACAAGGGGAUCCUGGAGCCAGCAUCUAUGUCAAGGGUGCUCCUGAAGUCAUGAAAGACAUCUGCAUUUCCUCAAGCAUACCCGAUGAUUUUGAAGACCUGCUCAGCUACUACACUCACAAAGGAUUUCGCGUCAUUGCUUGCGCAUCGAAGUAUAUUUCAAGAUUAAGCUGGGACGAAAUCGAGAACAUGGAUCGAUCUGAAGCCGAGUCGAGGCUUCAACUGAUCGGUUUCAUCAUUUUCGAGAACAAACUCAAAGCCAUCACCACUGAAAUUAUUGAAGAGCUGAAUGGGGCGAGAAUCCGAAACGUCAUGUGCACAGGUGACAAUAUUCUGACCGCUAUCAGCGUGGCAAGAGAAUGUGGCAUUAUUGAUCGCAACGAGCAUUGCUUCGUACCUCAUUUCGCGGAAGGGGAUAAGAUGAAUGCAAAAGCACGCCUCACCUGGGAAAGUGUUGACAAUCCGAUUUACCAGCUUGACGAGAAUACAUUACUUCCCUUGCCAUUACUGCCCGAGGACGAUACUGCAGCGCCGUAUGAUGCGAUAGCAAUGGGAGAUUACACGUUGGCAGUUACUGGCGAUGCCUUCCGAUGGAUCAUCGAUUUCGGGUCUACCGAAGUUCUGCAAAGGAUGCUGGUCAAAGGCACCGUAUUUGCACGAAUGUCCCCGGACGAAAAACACGAACUUGUUGAAAAAAUGCAAAGCAUCGACUAUUGCUGCGGGUUCUGUGGCGAUGGCGCAAACGACUGUGGUGCGCUGAAGGCAGCGGAUGUUGGUGUUUCAUUAUCGGAAGCCGAAGCAUCUGUGGCGGCGCCUUUUACCAGCCAUGUCUUCGACAUUUCCUGCGUCCCCACCCUCAUCAAGGAAGGCCGCGCGGCUCUGGUGACGAGUUUUUGCUGUUUCAAGUACAUGAGUUUAUAUUCGGCGAUCCAGUUCACCUCGGUCAGCUUUCUCUACGCCUCAGCCUCAAACUUGGGAGAUUUCCAAUUCUUGUUUAUCGACCUGGCUCUGAUCUUGCCGAUUGCAAUAUUCAUGGGUUGGACCGGUGCAUAUCCGGUGUUGAGCAAGAAACACCCAACUGCCAAUCUUGUUUCGAGGAAGGUAUUGACUCCGCUCCUCGGUCAGAUUGUGCUAUCUAUUUUGGUGCAACUGAUCGCCUUCGAAACGGUGCAAGAUCAGCCUUGGUAUCAGCCUCCUCAGCUAGACAAGGACAAGUCAAAUGUGGACAACUCGCAAAACACCGCUCUAUUUUUGGUAUCUUGCUACCAAUACACGCUUUCUGGAGUCGUCUUGAGUAGUGGCCCACCUUUCCGACAGUCAAUGACAACAAAUGCACCAUUUUGUGUUACGAUUGUGGUGGCCCUUCUUAUUUCAUUGUACAUGCUUCUCGAUCCUGCGAAGUGGCUAGCUGAUUUCAUGGAUCUGACCGAGAUGUCGUUGGACUAUGAACUGUUCUUGCUGGCGUUAGCAGCUACAGGAUUUGCUGUCGCUUAUCUGUCUGAGCAGUAUGCAUUUCCUUCUCUGGCCAAAUUUAUUGGACGACUCAAAUUGCGGUUGCGACCAGAUCGCCCAAAGAAGAGAAAACGAGGUCUACAGUUGGGGCGUUCUUCCUACCAUAUCAUAUACUUGACUUGGGCCAAGCUGGAACAUCCUCCUAUGGAUCCUACGGAAUACCUCAUAGACAACGGCUGGCUGCCAUCAUCGGUGAUCCGCAUAGGGAUCCGACGACAGCUAGCUCAGCGCGUGCGCCUGAUUAAAUCCGAGUCCUUGACAAAGGCAUACGAGCGCAAAAUGUCAUACAUUUCCGCUUUACGUGGCCGGCCCAUCGCCAUCGACACUGACAAGGCCAACGAGCAGCACUACGAAGUCGGCACCUCCGUGCUGCGGGCCUACCUGGGUCCGCGCAUGAAGUACUCGUCCUGCCUAUAUCCGACGGGGCGGGAGACCCUCGCGCAAGCCGAGGUCGCCAUGCUCGAGUCCUAUGUCCGCAAAGCAGAUCUGCGCGAUGGCCAGUAUAUUCUCGACCUCGGUUGCGGUUGGGGUAGUGCGUGUCUGUAUCUUGCCGAGCUGUUCCCUGGCUCAAAGGUGACGGCGUUCUCGAACUCGAGGACCCAGCGCGCGUAUAUUGAGGGCCAAGCGAAGUUGAAAGGCCUUACGAAUCUCACGGUCAUCACAGGUGAUGUAGUCACGUACGAGUUUGCGGGAGAUAGCUUCGACCGCGUCGUCUCGAUCGAGCUGUUCGAGCAUAUGAAGAACUACAAGUCGUUAAUGGCCAAGAUUGCCCGGGCGUUGCGACCAGGAGGGAAACUGUUUGUGCACAUUUUUGCGCAUAAGGAGUCGCCUUAUGAUUUUGAGGAGGGGUGGAUGAGUACGCAUUUCUUCACGGGCGGGACGAUGCUGAGUGCGGACCUGCUGCAUUUCUUCCAGGACGAUUUGACGCUGAGGGAACAGUGGUGGGUUAGCGGGAAACAUUACGCGAAGACCUGUGAGGAUUGGUUGACGAUGAUAAAUGGGAAUAAGAAGGAGAUUUGGCCGGGUUUGGAGGAGACAUACGGGAAGGAUAAAGCUGCUAUGUGGUAUUAUCGGUGGCAGGUUUUCUAUAUGGCGUGCGCGGAGCUGUUUGCUUUUGAGGGCGGAGAUACUUGGGGAGUGUGCCAUUAUCUUUUUGAGAAGGAUCAAAGCAGCAAAUAG